ACUUGCGGUGCUCAUCUUACACGUAUCAGUGGUUAUUCAAAUUGUCAAUUACCAAUGAUUAAAUUGUUAAUCAAGUCUAGGCUGAUGAUUUUAUUUUGAUACCUUGCUAUUGAGUGAUUAUAUCAUGUGAACCAUUUUCACUCAUCGAAUGUAACAUAAAGAAUAGAUAGUCAUCAGAAAUUGGUUUCUUCAAGCUUUAAUUUAUUGAUGGUACCAGUUUCAGAUUCAGUUUAAUUGUUAAACAUGAAUGUAUCCAAAGAUCCGCCUGUGACAGACCCGCUGUUCUCAAAAUUAAAUGGAUGUGACCAUCUUCUCAUUGAACUGGAAUCAAAUGAUCCAUCAUCUCUCAGCCUUGUACUCAGUAACAGAGCUGUUGGCGAUGAAUAUGAUAAAUUUAUGGAGAAGCUGGAUGCUCGAAUUAAAAGCCAUGACGAGGAGAUUAAAAGGAUGUGUAAUGCCAAUUACCAAGACUUUGUAGAUUGUAUUCAUGAUCUUCUGCAAGUUAGACCCAAAGCUGACAUACUUAAGAAAGAAAUUUUGGAAGUGAAUCAAGAUAUCCAAAAAUCCUCUGAAAAUGUUCAGCGGAAAGCCGAAGAACUCAUCCGGUACCGUAAAAUUGUGUGUAAUAUAGAAACAGCCAUAGAUCACUUAAGUCAAUGUUUACCAGUGCUUAAGAUGUAUAGUAAAUUAACCUCACAAAUGGAAAAUACCCGUUAUUAUCCAGCUCUCAAAACUCUGGAGCAAUUAGAAAAUAAUUUUCUACCCCGGGUUUCUCAUUAUCGAUUUGCCCAAGCAAUGAGAGAUAAGAUUCCCCAAAUUCGAGAGCAAAUCAAAGAAGCCUCAAUGUCAGAUCUGAAAGAUUUUCUCGAAAACGUGAGACAAUUGUCGUCCCAGAUUGGUGAAAUUGCCAUGAAGAAUGCUGCUCAUCAGCAAAAUAUCGAAGAUACUCUGUUAACCAGUUGCACUACAAGUGCCUCUUCUUCAAAUGAAAACAGUUCUUCAAGCAGCCCAGUCAAAAAAUCAACCACAAUUUUGUCGAUUAAUUCAUCAAUGAACAAUAUCAAUGAAAUUAGUUCAUCUGUUAAUAAUACUCCAAAGGGCCCAGCAAUUGCCUCAAGAAAGAAACAUCCUGCGCCUAAACCGCCUUUAUCUGCCUCAACGGAAAAUGAUCUAGACUUGAUCGAUAGUGGGUCCGAUAUCGAUUUAAAUGGAGGUGUAUCAGAAGAAGAGCUGAAAGGAACUGAUAUUGUUGAUUUUUCUCCGGUUUAUCGUUGUCUUCAUAUUUUUGGCUGUCUCGGAGCCCGUGAGUUAUUUGAAAUUUAUUAUCGCCAGCAAAGACAACAACAAGCUAAACUGGUUCUUCAACCUCCAACUAACAUGCACGAGAAUAUUGAUGGUUACAAGAAUUAUUUUUGCGGAGUCGUGGGUUUCUUUGUUAUUGAAAAUCAUAUUCUAAACACUGCUCCAGGUUUAAUAACCAAAAGUUAUCUCGAUGAAGUCUGGGAAAAUGCUCUGCAAUCAGUGAUUGCUUCUCUUCGAACCUAUUCAUCUUAUUGUACCGAUGAAAAUCUCAUGCUUAAAAUCAAAAGAAUCAUCAUUUUAUUUAGUCAAACUCUUCAAAGUUAUGGAUAUAAUGUAAACCCUUUUCUCAAUUUACUCAUUGAGAUCCGUGAUCAGUAUAAUGAAAUUUUGAUGAAACAAUGGUGUGCAUUGUUUCGCUCCAUUUUUGAUGCAGAUAAUUACCAUCCCAUUGAAGUUGAAUCUCAAGCGGAAUAUGAUGAAAUCAUCAAUGAAUUUCCUUAUUAUGAAGCUGAAGUAGUUUCCACUGGUGACUCAGAUUAUCCCAAAAAAUUUCCCUUCUCCUCUUUUGUACCCAAAGUUUUCACUCAAGUUAAACGAUUCAUUAACGCAUGCCGUGAAUUCUCGCAAGAUCUUAAUAUAAGUCAAACUGAAAUCGAAGACAUGGUUCGAAAAUCAACCAACCUUCUACUUACUCGAACACUCAGUGGCUGCCUGUCUGUAUUAAUUAAAAAGCCAAGCCUAGGAUUACUCCAAUUGAUCCAAAUUGCCAUAAACACCAACUAUUUAGAAGACUCUAUGAGUUUUCUAGAAGAAUAUAUAUCUCAACCGUUAAAUACUGGACUUGGAUCUCCAUUAACUUCUUCAACUACCAAUAUUGCUGAACUAGCGGGUGGCUCACAUCUCGCUAAACUUCAAGGAAGUUCAAUGUUCAAAGAUGCUCGAUCUGACGCUGAAUCUCAAAUCUACUUUCUUCUCAACCAAAAAAUUGAUGAAUUCUUCGAAAUCGCUCAUUAUGAUUGGAUGUUGGUCGAAUCAUCUGGAGUCGCCUCUUCUUAUAUCGCUGAUCUCAUCAAAUUUUUGACCUCUACCUUCCAAGCUUUUACCAAUCUACCACUGAAAGUCGCCCAGACUGCAUGUGUGUCUGCAUGCAAACAUAUAGCUUCAUCUUUAAUUAACUUUCUUCUCGACGAAGAUGUCAAAGCUAUAUCCAUGGGUGCUUUAGAACAAUUCAACCUUGAUUUAUUGCAGUGUGAAUUUUUUGCUAGCUCUGAACCUGUAAAAGGGUUUGAAGAUAAUGCACUGCAAAUGUGUUUCGCUGAAUUAAGACAGUUAGUUGAUCUACUACUUUCUUGGCAAUGGUCUACUUAUAUUGCUGAUUAUGGCAAACAGGACAAUAAAUAUCUUAGGGUCAACCCUCAAAUGGCUCUCAAUCUUUUGGAGAAAAUCAAGGAAGCCGAUAAAAAUCGUAAUAUUUUUGCAUCCUUAAAGAAAAAUGAACGAGAUAAAAGAAAAUUGGUUGAUACUGUUAUCAAACAGUUGAAACAAUUAAUAGCUGCCCAUAACUCUAAUUAAAAAUAAUGUCCAUCUCAAAAAAAUUGGAAAACCAAUCAAUGUCAUGAUUCAGUCACUAAAAGUUUAUUCUCAUUGACAUAGAAAAUAUCAUUUCUUACUAUUAAAACCAUUUUCGUCAAAAUUA